AUGCUUCCUUCCCUGCCAGGCCUGGCUCUUGCCUUCCUGUUAACUCUGACCAUAGGGCAGACAUUCCCAUUCCAAGAGCAUGUCUUUCUCCAGUUUCUGGGCUUAGACAAGGUACCUUCACCCAAGAAGUUCCAACCCGUGCCUUACAUCUUGAAGAGAAUUUUCCAGGAUCACGAGGCAGCAGCCACCAGUGGCCCCUCUCAAGACUUAUGCUAUGUGAAGGAGCUGGGGGUCCAUGGGGACGUACUGCGACUUCUCCCAGAUCAAGGUUUCUUUCUUUAUUCUAAGAACCGUCCCCAAGCUGCCUCCUGCCUGCAGAAGCUCCUCUACUUUAACCUGUCUGUCAUUAAAGAUGAGCAGUUAACGAUGGCCCAGCUGGCCCUGGACUUGGGACCCAACACUUACUAUAACCUGGGACCAGAACUGGAACUGACCUUGUCUCUAGUUCAGGAGCCCCAUGUGUGGGGCCAGGCCACCCCUAAGACAGGUACAAUGUUUGUAUUACAGUCAGUACCAUGGCCUCAAGGUAUCCUUCGAUUCAACCUGCUGGAGGUGGCUAAGAGGAAUAAUUCAUCCUCGAAGAACUUAGCUUUCUUCCUAGAGAUACUGGUCAAAGGAGACAGGCCCCUUGGGGAGAAUUUUCAGCUUGAGGACACCUGUGCCAGACUGAGACGUUCUCUUCAUGCGUCCCUGCUGGUGGCAACCCUCAACCCUGAGCAGUGCCACCCUGCUUCCCGCAAAAGGAGGGCAGCCUUUCCUGCCUCCAAGGUUCCUUGCAAGAACCUCUGCCAUCGUCACCAGCUGUUCAUCAACUUCCGGGAUCUGGGUUGGCACAAGUGGAUCAUUGCCCCCAAGGGUUUCAUGGCAAAUUACUGCCAUGGGGACUGUCCGUUCUCACUGACCACCUCCCUCAACAGCUCCAAUUACGCUUUCAUGCAGGCGCUGAUGCACGCCGUUGACCCACAGGUUCCCCAGGCUGUCUGCAUUCCCACCAGGCUGUCCCCCAUUUCCAUGCUCUAUCAGGACAACAAUGACAAUGUCAUUCUCCGGCAUUAUGAGGACAUGGUAGUUGACGAGUGUGGCUGUGGGUAG